AUGAAUAUUUCCAUUUCGACAAUAAUAUCAUUUCUUCUUGUUCUUGGAUUUAUAAUUGCAACUAUUGUCUCGAUAGUAAACUUCCGUGAAAAAAAUUGGCUAAAAUUCAAUAUUGUGGCUUUUGGUGAUUCUUUAACAGAUAAUGGAAAUCAGUGGAGAGCUACUAAUGGAGCAAUGCCACCUGCUAAUUUGUAUUAUCAAGGAAGAUGGUCAAAUGGUCUUAUAUGGGUAGAUCUUGUGGAAUCUAUCUUAAAUGCGAAAUUGACAAAUCGAGCUUUUGGUGGUGCAACAACCAAUAAGUCAUUGAUCUCUCGGUGUUCCUUUGAUAAUACUAAUGUACCUUCUAUACAAGAACAAGUUGAAGAAAUGUCGCCAAACGUAUCCCAUUUUCCUCCCCAAACUACAUUUGCUAUUUGGACUGGUUUCUGUGACUAUAUGACAAUAUUUGAAAAGAAUCUUACUAUCACAUCUGAAGACAUAAUAUCAUCGAUUCAUAACUAUAUAAUUCUUCUUAUAUCAACUGGAGUUCGUAAAUUUUUACUUUUAAACAUGCCACCAAUCAACCGUGCACCACAAUAUACAAAUUACACCAAUAUUACAAUCUUACAGAAUCUCAUCGAAACCCAUAACAUUCUAUUAAACCAAACAGUUAUUGACAUAAGAAAACAACAGCGAAUUCAUGCUGGUGUUUUUGAUGUUUGGGGAUUAACCGAAUAUGUUAUACAAAAUCCACAACAAUAUGGUUUUUCAAACGUUGUGGAUUCUUGCAUACAACCAAAUUCAAAUAUUACUUGUAUGAAUCCUGAUGAAUAUUUAUGGUGGGAUGGUAUUCAUCCUACAACGAUAGCACAUAGUUUGUUAGCGACGGGGAUUGUUACUUAUUUGAAAUCACUUAAUGGAACUUGCUUGUAUUUAACAAAUUGUGGUUAUAACAAUUUAUAG